AUGAAUAAAAGAGGCAUGUCAAAACAGCAUUUCACAUAUCAUCCAUGUGAAGCGCCAGCGAACAGCGGUGAGACAAAAUCAAUGAAUCUAUUUCAAUCCGUCGGGAAUGCUAUUGAGCUGACACUAACUAAUAAACCAAAUUCUGUACUAUUCGGUGAAGAUGUUGGUUUCGGUGGAGUAUUUCGAUGUUCACUUGGACUUCAAGAAAAGUUUGGCAAUUCUCGUGUAUUUAAUACACCGUUAAGUGAACAAGCAAUCAUCGGUUUCGGCAUUGGUUUAGCAGCUAUGGGAACAACAGCGAUAGCAGAGAUACAAUUUGCCGAUUAUAUUUAUCCAGCUUUUGAUCAAAUUUGUAAUGAAGCAGCGAAAUUUCGUUAUCGUUCGGGUAAUAUGUUUAAUUGUGGAGCGUUGACAAUAAGAACACCAUGCGGUGCUGUUGGACACGGUGGUUUAUAUCAUUCACAAAGUCCCGAGGGGUUUUUUGGUCAUAUUACAGGUAUAAAGGUUGUAUUUCCCCGUGGUCCUGUUCAAGCGAAGGGUUUACUAUUAUCAUGCAUAGAAGAAGAAGAUCCGUGUAUAUUUUUUGAACCAAAAAUAUUAUAUCGUUCUGCAGUUGAAGAAGUUCCAACUGGUCAUUACCUAAUACCUCUGGAGACUGCUGAAGUAGUGAGAGAAGGAAAAGAUGUAACAUUCAUUGCUUGGGGUACACAAGUACAUGUAGCAUUAGAUGUAGCCAAUGAAGCAGCAGAAAAAUUGAAUAUAUCCUGUGAAGUUAUCGAUCUUAGAACAAUUUUACCAUGGGAUGAAGAGACAAUUUAUCAAUCAGUGCGUAAGACAGGUCGUUGUGUAAUAACGCAUGAAGCUCCAUUGACUUGCGGCUUUGGCGCUGAAUUAGCUGCUUCUAUACAGGAUAAUUGUUUUCUGUAUCUAGAAGCACCAGUACAACGUAUCACCGGCAUGGAUACACCAUUCCCGCAUAUCUUUGAACAAUUCUACAUACCAGACAAGUUACGAUGUUUAGAAGCUGUAAAAAAAGUUAUUCAUUACUAA